CGGCGGAAUCAGGCGGCGGCGGCGUGCGAGCUCGUCGGCUCCUCACCGCGGCCCGCCGGACUGCGGCACGGCUCCCUCAGCCGCAUCGCGACGCGCCCUAGGCGAGCCGAGCAGCCGGCGGCCAUGGGCGGGGAGGAGGAGGUCGUGCGCAUCGCUAAGCGACUGGACAAGAUGGUCGCCAAGAAAAGCGCGGAAGGGGCAAUGGAUUUGCUGAAGGAGCUGAAAAGUAUGCCAAUAACUCUGGAUUUGCUGCAGUCCACUCGCAUUGGGAUGUCUGUGAAUGCACUCCGGAAGCAAAGCACAGACGAAGAUGUGAUUGCACUUGCCAAAUCGCUUAUCAAGGCCUGGAAGAAACUCCUUGAUGCCUCAGAGGAUAAGAGUGACGAGAAGAAAAAGAAUUCCUCCUUGCCAACUUCCUCCUCAAAGGAGAGUGGCGACUCAAGAGACCAAAGCUCUGCCAAAAGGCAGGACCUGCCGAAGACCCCCACCACACCCAAGAUCACCACCUUCCCACCAGUGCCUGUCACUUGCGACACGGUGCGCAACAAAUGCAGAGAAAUGCUGACUUCCGCUCUGCAGACGGACAAUGACUAUGUGACCAUCGGUGCCGACUGCGAGCAGCUUGCAGGCCAGAUUGAAGAAUUUAUAUACCAAGAUGUCAAGAACACAGACUUGAAGUACAAGAACCGGGUCAGGAGCCGCAUCUCCAACCUCAAGGACUCCAAGAAUCCUGACCUCCGAAAGAAUGUCUUGUGUGGAGUGAUCACUGCAGAGCAAAUUGCAGUGAUGACCUCAGAGGAAAUGGCCAGCAACGAGCUGAAAGAAAUCCGGAAAGCCAUGACGAAGGAGGCCAUCCGGGAGCAUCAGAUGGCGAAGACGGGAGGGACCCAGACCGACCUCUUCACCUGCGGGAAGUGCAAGAAAAAGAACUGCACCUACACCCAGGUGCAAACCCGCAGUUCAGAUGAGCCAAUGACCACUUUUGUUGUGUGCAAUGAGUGUGGGAACCGCUGGAAGUUCUGCUGAGACAUCCCGGACCAGAGCAUCAACAGCAGCCGCCAACGCUGGGCCAGAUCUCUGCCAUACAUUCCCCCAACACCGCCAGCAACUUUUGUACUGUUUUUGUCGCCGAGUUUGCUUUGUGCUCUGUACAUCAUCCAGUGGAGAGGAGGUCCCGGCUGCUGCUCUUUCCAGAGGUGUUGGAGUUGGAGGCUGGGAGGGGGCCGGAUGGAGAAUUCGUGUGGACAUGACCACCUUUGGAGUUUCUCAUCCUGAAUCAGUAUUUUGUGAGGGUCUGGAACAGUAUUAAACAUUUUUUUUUUGGUUUUUGGUUUUUUAAAAA